GUCAGUUCAUUGCGUCGGCUUGUAGAGCUUGCUAGCGCGUUUUUUUUUUGUUCUCGCCAUUCUCGCAAUUCGAUGCAUGUGUGCGUGUUGUAUGUGUGCCCCUGUACAUGAAUAUGUGUGUCUGAUACUCUUCUGUUGCUGCUGCUGCUUCUUCUUGCCCGAUUUUUGUUGUUGACGUUGUCGUCGCAUUGUUUUUAUUGCCGUCGCUGCCGUCGUGGCCGCCGCACAGACCAAAAACUUGAUUGUGAUAUAAUUUGUUAAGUAUUUAUUUAUUUGUAUUUGGCACAAGCGUGCCACGACGGAACCAGUGUGCGUUGCUUGCUUGCAGUGCAACUGCAACAGAGCGCAACAACAGCCGCCAGCAGAAAAAAAAGCUCUCGAGCAGAGCUUACAUACAUACCACAUACCACACACCACACACUCUGCUCUCCACUCUCCACGCUCUCUCUCUCUCUCUCCGGUUACACGCGCAAGCUGUCUCGCUCACUCACCAUGGUAUACUCGACCAACAUACUGCUGGGCAUUGUCACCAUACUGACGGCUGUGUUCAUCUGGUCGCGUCGCACCUACGUGUACUGGCAGCGUCGGCGGGUCAAGUUCGUGCAGCCGACGCACAUACUCGGCAACCUGAAGAAGGUUCUCAAGCUGGAAGAAUCGUUUGCUCUGCAGCUGCGCCGCUUCUACUUCGAUGAGCGAUUCCGCGACGAGCCCGUCGUGGGCAUCUAUCUGUUCCAUCAGCCGGCUCUGCUCAUCCGCGACCUGCAGCUGGUGCGCACCGUUCUCGUCGAGGAUUUCGUCAGCUUCUCCAAUCGCUUCGCCAAAUGCGAUAUGCGCCACGACAAAAUGGGCUCUCUCAAUCUCUUCUUCGCCCGACAGCCCGAGUGGCGUGAGAUUCGCACGAGACUCUCGCCGGUCUUCACGGGCGCCAAGAUCAAGCAAAUGUUCUCUCUCAUGGAGGAGAUUGGCUGUGAUCUCGAGUGGUAUUUAAAGCGCUUGACGAGGGAUCUGAGACGGGGAGAUGCGGCGAGGGGCGUCACAGUGAGCAUCAAGGAUGUGUGUGAUCUGUAUAACACGGAUAUGAUUGCCAGCAUUGCGUUUGGACUGCGAUCGUACAGUUUACGAAAUACACAAUCAGAGAUCGGUUCACAUUGUCAGGAUAUAUUCCGGCCGAAUGUGCGCCGUAUAAUAGACUUCUUUGUGAUAUUCUUUCUGCCGAAGCUGGUGCCGCUGAUGCGGUCGAAGCUGUUUACGGAGCCGCAUACCGAGUUCCUGCGUCGGGUCAUUCAACUGGUGAUCGAGGAGCGCGAACGGGGAGGCGAUCUGCGCAAUGAUCUCAUUGAAAUGCUGCUGACCCUCAAGAAGGAGGCCGAUUUGCAGCAGGACAAGUCGCACUUUACGCAUCACCAAGACUUUCUGGCCGCCCAGGCAGCCAGCUUUGAGGUCGCCGGCAUUGAGACCUGCUCAUCGACCAUGUCCUUUGCCCUCUACGAGCUCGCCAAGCAGCCGCUCAUGCAGGAGCGUUUGCGCCGUGAGAUACGCCACGCCUUCGCCGUGGCAGCCGCCCACGGAUCACACAAUGCUGGGCCGGGGCUAAGCUAUGAGCUGAUCGCCAGCAUGAAGUAUCUGGACAUGGUGGUGGAGGAAACGCUGCGCAUGUAUCCCAUUGUGCCGCUCCUGGAGCGCGAGUGCACUCCGAUCAACAAGAAGCGCUUCUACUCGCUGCGUCCACAUGCCGAGUGUUAUGCUCGACGUGGCAUGCCCGUCUUCAUCUCCAACCUGGCCAUACAUCACGAUCCCAAGUAUUGGCCCGAACCGGAACGCUUUGAUCCGGAACGCUUUAAUGCCGAGAACAAAUCCAAUCAGGCACCGAUGUCGUAUCUGCCAUUUGGCGCCGGUCCGCACAAUUGCAUUGGACUGCAGAUUGGCCAGCUACAGAUCAAACUGGGGCUCAUCUACUUUCUACGUCAGCAUCGAGUCGAGUUCUGCGACAAAACCGUCGAGCACAUCAGCUUCGAUGCCAAGUUUGCGCUGCUCGCCAGCGAGCAUAGCAUUUACCUCAAAGUUGUAGACUGUUUAUAGCACAAGCAUCUCAUGACCAGAGUGCAUCCACAUCCACAUGCCCACACACCCAUUAAUAAUCAUCUCCACAGUCACCUCCACAUUGGGCCGCAUUGUACAUAAUUUGGUAUGCCUCAAAUAAACUUUAAUAUGUUCAACAU